AUAACGGCGUUUGGUGACGCAGGAGAUCGGGAGAUCAAGACCUGAUCUGGACUCCACACAGGUCAGAUUGACAGGUAACAUCAUCUGUCAAUCAUCGGGAUCUGGUGGCUCUUACUUGACCAGGUGAACUCUUCUGGAUCGACUCAGAUGUUGAGAUGAAUUUGUCGAACUUCAGACCCUGGACUUUAAUACUACUGUUAGUACUACUGUUGGGGGUGCUGUACACCUAUGUGUCCCAACAGCACAGACAUCUUGUCUUCUUUGCCACACAAUCGGGCACAGCAAUCACAAGAACUGCUGCUGACAUCAUCAGAGAGACUUCACACCACCAUCUAGUGUCUCCUGGCCACUUGACCUACAAACAGCCCAGCAUUGUGAAUGGUCGUACAGAUGUGGUGACGGUCACGCCGUGGUUGGCUCCUGUGGUGUGGGAGGGAACCUUUUACCCAGAUCUGCUGGACAGCAUCUACAAACCCAAAAACCUGACGGUGGCCACCACGGUCUUCGCUGUGGGGAAGUACAUCAUGUUCCUGAAAGACUUCCUGGAAACUGCGGAGCAACAUUUUUUUGUUGGUUUCAAUAUGCACAUCUACGUGUUCACCGACCGGCCUGAAGAAGUGCCCAAAGUAGAAAUGGCUGCAGGCAGAACGUUGACGGUGCGUUUGGUGCCCAGUUCCAAACGUUGGCAGGAGAUCAGUGCUCGCCGGAUGGAGAUCAUCCAGACGCUGAUAGAGGUGGAGCUUCAGGAUGUCAUGGACUACAUCUUCUGUCUGGAUGUUGACUCAAAGUUCCACGGCCGCUGGGGCACAGAGUCGCUGGGUGAUCUGGUUGCCGUCAUCCAUCCAGGAUACUAUUACAAGGACCGCGGCCAAUUCCCCUUUGAACGGCGUCCUGAGUCCACAGCUUUUGUGGCGCCUGACGAAGGUGAUUUCUACUACUGUGGCGGUGCAUUCGGGGGCAUUCUGGAGCAGGUUCACCUCCUCGCAAAGACCUGCCGUGCCAACUUUGAGACUGAUGCCAUGAAAGGCAUUGAGGCGGCUUGGCAGGAAGAAAGUCACCUGAACAGGUACAUGUGGAUCAACAAACCCACAAAGGUUCUGUCACCAGAGUACCUUUGGCAAGACUUCAAACCCAGAAAUCCUGAGAUAAAGAUCAUCCGCUUCUCCGGAGUCAUCAAGAACUACGCUGCAAUCCGACCCAACGUCUGAGGGUCCUGAGCCGUGGAACCGGUCUGCACUCAGCAUUUAGACUGGCAACCAUCUGUAGUUUACACAGAUUUUUGGUAUCGUUUGGCUCCACCAUCGCCGUAGUACCUGCUACAAAGUACUUUACCCACAGUGCACCUGUUCCCUGAGCAUCCAGCUCGAGUUUGAGACUUUGCUCGGUAAGGAACACACACAAAACACGUUGGAGUCCUGGGCCACGUUCAGGAUCUGACCGACACAAUUGUCAGGGUGAGAAAUUUGCGUUUUUAAAGGAUUUUCAUGUGUAAAAAAGUUUUUAACUCAGGAAAUAUUUGAUCUAUGGUUUCGGUGUUUUGAAGCUCUUAUAGCACUUUAGCUACACAGGCCUCUUAUGUGUUGUUGGGUCUUGUGACGCUUGAAUUAAAUCUGUUUAUUUUUUGUAAUUACUUUAUGGGAAAUGACCUCUGAUGUUACCACUUUAUGCACACUGUAUUUUUGCUUGUUUUUGUACAUUUUUAUUCACCUGCCUUAAAUUUAUAAUAAUGCAGAAAAUGCAACUGUUUCACCAAUUCAUUACAACAUAAAUAUUAUAAAUAAUUACCAUUCGAGACAAGAUUCUAAAUGUGUUCUCCACCACCUGACGUGCACAAGAUGACCCGCAGUUGUAGAUAAUUUCUCUUAUUCUGGGAGCGAUGAGAGAAUGGUUUCAUCAGCAAAGUUCUGAGAGCAAAUGGGUGAUUGGCUACGAAACUAUUAUUUAUAUAGCGUGACGUCAAGCGGGACACAGUGGCACGACGAAUUGUGAGGAUCAAAUUUGUGCAAGUGUCAAGGUUUCUUAAUUAAUCAACUGUAACAACCAUCAUUCUGCAGUAGCUGCUCAGUGGCCAUGGCAACCACGGCUUCAGGAAGACUCCGGAUAUUAAGGCACCAUGAACAGAUCUGUAUAACAAUGGAAUUUCCGAGUGUCAGCAACCAGUGAAGGCCUCCUGUGAGGGUCCUGGACUCUGAACCACCACUCUGUGGCAACUGUCUGUCUGGCCUCACUGAGCUCAGUGUUGCGGCUUGAACGCUGCAUUGCUUUCUAAGACUAUCGUAUCCAGUGCAGUGAGACAUUCACUAGACAAGGGAAGGACUUAGAAACUGGUGGACAGCUUGAUGUCUGUGGAUAGAGUGUAGAGAGCACCAGCCAGCUCUAUGCUUACCCUCCCAGGGAUUCAGUCUACAGUCCAAGCAGACCUGGAGUGCAGCUUGCUUCCGUCACCUUUGGCCAGAAGCAGCUGCUGACCUCCAGUCUGACAGGAGGAUGGAGAUCUUUGUCGAGAAAACCGUAUUCUUCAGUUCCUGUCACAGGAGCCAGACUGAAGAUCACCAGUGAGUCAGUCUGUCACGAUUCACACAUUAACGUAUGUUUGACGUGACCAUGAUCAUUUUUGUUGAGUUAUUUUAGAUAAGAAUGUCACCAAGAUUUUACCUAGAUGAUGUCAGAAUAAACAGCAUGUUUUUUUUUUUUCAGGAACGUUGUUAAUCUUGUUUUUUAUGCUUGCAUUUUAUAGCAUGUAUGUUUUAUUUUACUGUUUUGACUUAUUGGUUUUAUUUUUUGUCAGUUCCAAUUGUGUGGUGCUGUUUUAAGUAUAGCAUUUGUGUUGCAUAUCAAAAUGUUUACAACAAUCUCAGCUUUCAGAAUGUGUGUCAGAUAUUUGUCUUGAAUGCUGUAUGUAGAAAUAUUUUGGCUCUAAAUCUGCAAAAAAUUGAAAUGCCUUUUUAGAAAAUACAGAUUUUUUCAUGUGAAUGAACUAGCUAGAAAUUGGUUCGCGAAAGUCUUUAGCUCACAAACAUUGUGUAAUAUGUGAAGAAAAUUGUAUAUCAAUCUAAAUAAAUGUAAAAUAAAAAUCACAAUUUCCAGAUGUUUUUCACUUUAUGCAGUAAUGUCAGUAAAUAUCAUUCACCAGAUGAAAUGUAGAAAGUCACGCAC